GUUCCAGAUUCGGAAAGUAACUAAAUUCAAUAGGCGCCAAGUAUUAAAUAGUCAACCGUUGGAUUCUUAAGGCCAUUGAAAAAUCGAUCAUCAAUGAUUUCUCAUCAGUCUCUCCACUGCUGAGUCCAGUAAUAUAAAACCCCAUUGAUUCGAUUUCAGCGACUACUCGCUCAAAUGGGUUUUGUUAAUCUUCUCACCAUGGCGAAGAGAUUCUCUGGAAUCAUCGCUAUUCUCUUGUUGCUGAGGCUGACAACAGCCUCUGCUUCUCAUGAGUUUUGUGAUGCUGGGAUGGGUUACAAUGUUGUUGGAUGUGGAGGAUCUGACUCCUCUUCACGAAGGAUAUUGAUUAAGGGAGGGACAGUUGUAAAUGCUCACCAUCAAGAGGUUGCUGAUGUUUAUAUAGACGAUGGGAUUAUUGCUGAUGUGAAACCUAACAUCAAGAAAUCCCAUCUUCAGGUCGGUGAUGAAGUUGCAGUAAUUGAUGCCACUGGAAAGUUUGUCAUGCCAGGGGGAAUUGAUCCUCACACUCACCUGGAAAUGGAAUUUAUGGGUACUGAUUCUACUGAAACAAUUGAUGACUUCUUCAGCGGCCAAGCUGCUGCACUAGCUGGUGGAACAACUAUGCACAUUGAUUUUGUCAUGCCUGUGAAUGGGAGUCUAUCUUUAGGGUUCAAAGCAUAUGUAGAAAAAGCAAAGAAGUCUUGCAUGGACUAUGGUUUCCAUAUGACAAUAACUAAAUGGGAUGAUACUGUUGCAAGAGAAAUGGAAAUUAUGGUCAAAGAGAAAGGUAUCAACUCCUUCAAGUUUUUCCUAGCAUACAAGGGUAUUGUCAUGAUUAAUGAUGAGCUUCUGUUGGAGGGACUUAAAAAAUGCAAGUCCCUUGGUGCUUUGGCCAUGGUUCAUGCAGAAAAUGGAGAUGCUGUGUUUGAAGGCCAGAAAAGAAUGAUUGAACUUGGUAUUACUGGUCCAGAGGGACAUGCACUUUCUAGGCCCCCUUUGCUAGAAGCAGAGGCCACUGCUCGGGCUAUUCGUUUGGCUGGUUUUAUUAACACACCUUUGUACAUAGUACAUGUCAUGAGCAUUGAUGCAAUGGAAGAAAUAGCUAAAGCUCGGAAAUUAGGUUUGUCUUUUAAAACCUUAAACUAG